AUGAUCAAAUUCAGUUGGAAGAUCAUGAAGUUCCAUCUACCUCGAGUCCGAUUCCUCACAGUGCAUUAUGCCUACUUUAUCGGAGUGACCCUUAUCACCUCCGCUGUUCUCUGGGGUAGCUCCACUCCGGCCCACAGCGUACGGUAUAUUGAUGCGUUAUUCUUGACAGUCAGUGCCAUGACGCUUGCUGGCCUGAACACCGUCAAUCUAUCUACAUUAAAUACAUUCCAGCAGAUCUUACUACUGUUUCUGAUAAUAUGCGGGUCUACGAUAUGGGUCUCCAUCGCAGUAGUAAUGGUCCGCAAAAGAACAUUUGAGAAAAGAUUCAGAGAGAUUGUGCAAGAAGAAAGUCUACGAAGAAAGAAACUCCGCCAUGCGAUCAAUCAGUCUCGCCCAUCAAUUCAGAUGGCCACUCUGCCAUCGCAGGAGCCAACAGUACCAAAUGAGCCCGAGCCACAGGUAGAUAGGCGCCGAAGUUUCCCUUUAUAUAGAUCCACAGCUCCAUCACUCCAACCCUUGGCACGCAGCAAGAGCCAAGGACAAACUUCAGGAACUGAUUCAGAUCACGGCAAACAAUAUAGCAAAAAACAAUAUUUCUCUCACCCCACAGCUAGAGAUAACGCUGAGUCUUUAGCGUCUAACGAAACACAACCAGAUGCCCGAGCCCUUUCUCGGGAAGCAACCGUUACUGCAGAUACUGAUGCUCAUAUCACAUUUGACGCUGACGUACGACCUGGACUUGGGGAAGUCCCCUCCAAUCCAGCGCGCCAAGAUAUGCGUCCUCCAUUUGUGCCUGCUACUCACAGUCAAUUGGAGGAAGGCGAUAAUGGACAGGGCUUGGAUGAAGAUGACAGUCAUUUACACUUUCUGCGCAAAUUCAGUCGAAAUUCUUCAUUCCAUGAUCUGAGUGAAAGAGAACGUCAAAGACUUGGCGGUGCAGAGUAUCGAGCAGUGUCGCUAUUGUCCAUUAUUGUGCCAGUCUACUUUGUGUUAUGGCAGCUAUUGGGUGGGCUAGGUGUUGGUGCGUAUAUUGCGAGGAAUAAGGCUGCACUGGCUAGAUCGAACGGUUUGGAUCCUUGGUGGGUGGGCUUUUUCUUCGCCAUUUCUGCCUUCAACAAUUCUGGGAUGAGUGUGCUUGAUGCCAAUAUGGUUCCCUUUAAAAGAUCAACGUACAUGCUGAUCACUAUGGGCCUUCUCAUCCUAGCUGGCAACACCUGUUAUCCAAUAUUCCUGAGGUGGAUAUUAUACACCAUUCGUAUGCUUCUUCCCCGCGGCGAAUACUUUCACUAUUCUCGUGAGACUUUGACAUUCCUCUUGGAUCAUCCACGCCGUUGCUAUACAACAUUAUUUCCUGCUGCACACACGUGGUGGCUUCUGGUCUCUGUGAUUGCCUUAAAUGGGGCUGAUUGGGUAGCCUAUGAGGUGCUUAAUUACGAUAAUCCGGCCGUCAAUAUCACUCCAAAAGGGCCACGUGCGCUAGAUGGGCUAUUCCAAGCAUUCUGCGUUCGAAGUGGAGGCUUCUACAUAACCAGCAUCUCCGCCCUCGAGAUAGGAACGCAGGUGAUAUACGUGAUAAUGAUGUAUAUCUCCGUCUACCCUGUUGUCAUCACGAUGCGCCACUCAAACGUAUACGAAGAACGAAGCCUAGGUAUCUACGCAGACGACCCCUCCGUAAACACGGACGACGAUACCUACUCAGAAAGCUCGAGCCCUUCAACACCCAAGUCCCCUGCAUCGGGAAGAUUGUACUUUAUUCGGCACCAACUCCGCGCACAGAUGGCAUUCGACCUAUGGUGGAUUGCUUUAGCCGUCAUUAUAAUUUGCAUCGUGGAAGCCGGCCAGUUCACCCGAGAUCCAGUCACAUACUCGGCUUUCAAUAUCAUCUUCGAAACCGUCAGCGCGUACGGCUGUGUCGGAAUUAGUACGGGUCUUCCAGACCAGCUGUAUAGCUUUUCUGGGGGCUGGCAUACUUUCAGCAAGUUGGUGCUCUGUGCAGUGAUGAUUCGGGGCCGUCAUCGAGCUUUGCCAGUGGCUAUUGAUAAGGCCAUAAUGCUGCCGAGUGAAAAGCUCGCAAAGGCGGAGGAAGAAGAUGCUCUGAUAAGAAUUGAGAGGACAAUGAGCCGAAGCCGAUGA